AUGACUGAGGCCACGCUUCACAACGCCCCUAUCGUCAUCGACAAUGGCAGCGGCACUAUUCGCGCCGGGUUUGCUGGCGAGGAAAUCCCGUCAUGUUACUUCCCAUCGUUUGUCGGUCGGCCCAAACAUCCCCGGGUCAUGGCCGGCGGUCUAGAAGGAGACGUCUUCAUCGGACAACGAGCCCAGGAACUGCGGGGUCUGAUGAAGAUCCGAUAUCCUUUAGAACAUGGUAUUGUGACAGAUUGGGACGACAUGGAGAAAAUCUGGCACUACGUGUACGAGAACGAGCUCAAGACGCUGCCGGAAGAGCACCCGGUCCUCCUUACCGAACCACCACUCAAUCCGCGCAAGAACCGUGAUAUAGCUGCUCAGAUUAUGUUUGAGACAUUCAAUGUACCCGCGCUCUAUACAUCUAUUCAGGCCGUGCUGUCGCUUUAUGCUUCCGGACGGACGACCGGCGUUGUUCUGGAUUCAGGGGAUGGGGUUUCUCAUGCGGUCCCGGUGUUUGAGGGUUUUGCGAUCCCAAACAGUAUUCGGAGGAUUGAUGUUGCCGGACGAGAUGUGACGGAACAGUUACAACUUCUGCUUCGGAAGACCGGGAACGUGCUGCAUACCAGCGCCGAAAAGGAGGUGGUCCGGAUGAUCAAGGAGAAGGUCUGCUAUGUCUCCUUGGAUCCGAAGCGCGAGGAGAAGGAAUGGAUGAACACCUACAAGUCGGAAUCGAAGCAGGCGGACUAUGUCCUGCCGGAUGGACAUAAGAUCAAGAUCGGACAGGAACGUUUCCGUGCUCCUGAGAUUCUCUUCGACCCGGAACUCAUUGGCCUCGAGUACCCCGGUGUGCACCAGAUCGUCCAAGAUGCUAUUAUCCGCACAGAUCUUGACCUGCGCAAGUCUCUUUACCUUAACAUUGUUCUCUCCGGUGGAUCAACACUCUGCAGGAAUUUCCCCGACCGAUUAAUGCGCGAGAUCAAGCGAUUGGCUGUCGAGGACAUGAAAAUCCGUAUAUCUGCGCCCGCUGAGCGAAAGUACACUACCUGGAUUGGUGGAGGUAUUCUUGCUGGGCUGAGCACGUUCCGAAAGAUGUGGGUUAGCGCAGACGAGUGGCACGAGGACCCUGAGAUCAUUCACCGAAAGUUCGCUUAA